AUGGUGGCCUUGCAGCUGGCCCUCACAUGUGUGGGCCUGAUCACUCUGAUCAUGGGGGUCAUUCGCGAACGUGCCCUGCAUCAUCGUGCCCGCGAGCAUAGUCAUGUCACUCGCUUUCACAUUCCCUUUGCUGCCUUUGUCGCCUUUUCACUGCUGGCCUUUGCCACCCUGACCGGUAUCAUCGGCACCAUCCUCUUUGCCGCAUUCAAUGCACGCAAUUUUUCCAUCAAAAACCAGGCCACCGUGGCCAACGGGUUUUACACGCACUUGACCAGCGUGGGCUUUUCGUUUCUUGCCGCCAACACCGUCCUUCUUUGUUAUCCCAGCGACACCGUGCGUGCCAAGCGCGAAGCCCAUGAGGCGGCCCAGCGGCGCUGGCGCAGCAACAUUGUUACGCGUGCUCGAAAAGAUAACUAG